CAAACUUACCAGUGCGUUGCAAUCGUGCAACAAAAUAGUCGCUCUACAUUUCAUUUGCAUUUACAAAAGUAUUUCAAACAUAUUCAUAUACAAAUAGUGUCUCAAGACGAUCGAAAAUCAUUCCUUCUCUUGGGAAUAUGUUACCAAACAUCUUUUGUCGUGUUUGUGCCACUACUGACACUGCGCUUGAUUUGUUGGACAUUUUUGAGAAAGAAGACGCAUCAGAGUGUGUUGCGGAUAUGCUGCUAGAGGUGGCAGAAGUCAAGGUGAUGGUUGAUGAUGGAUUCCCCCAAAGCUGCUGUAAACAAUGUCACAUCGAUCUCGUUCGAGCUGUGACCGUGAGACGGAAAUGUAUUGAAUCAGAGAAAUUGUUCCAUGCUACAGUUGAAUCUUGCUAUAGUGUAAUCGAUGAGCCGUACGAUGAUCAAUCGGAUAGCUUGUCCAUCGCAUCGCCAAAGCACGAGCAUAUUACUCUCGAAGAGAAUUUCACUUACCGCUGCUGCGAAUGCUCUAUAGAUUUCGGCGAUUCCGAAGCCCUGAAAAUACACUACGAAUCAAAGCAUGCCAAAGUAAUUCACGGCUGGGAGAGCUUUGGGCUCAGUGAAAUCUCUCUGUUCGACACAACUGACGAAGAAGUAGAGGAAGAUGCAGGCGCUUACCCACAGGCACCCGAACCGUUACAGACAAACAAGUUGCUGGAGCUAUACCGAUGUUGCGGAUGCAUGCUGAUAUUCGAUACUGACGCAGACCUUCACCAGCAUUCAGAAACCGUACAUGCCUCCAACGCUUUACAAGUGGACGGUGACAACGCGUGGCAAUGCAAUGUAUGCUAUAAAUUGUUCACUUGCGCAGCUGCCCUAGAAAAUCAUCAAAAUACUGUAUAUUUUCUGCGAUACCAAUGUUACACAUGUGGGCUGCUUUUCGGAACGCAAGCUCAUUUGGCGCGGCACGAAUUUAAGCAUAUGCGUGGCAAGUUCACGUGCGAACCUUGUGAGAAAAUUUUCUCCAACCCCCAAUCGAUGAGGAGACACAUGCAACGGUUUCAUGAGAAACCGCGAACAUUGCAAACGCAGGAAAAGCACAUUUGCAGCGAGUGCGGCAAAGCUGUGCAUUCCGCUGCGUAUCUUGUAUCCCACAUGAGGCUACACUCGAAGGAGCUACCGUUUACCUGUACCUUAUGUGGAGCCCGGUUCAAGCUGGUCCGCUACUUGAAAUGGCACAUGGCAAUGCACAAGGGACUGUACAAGUGCAAGCAAUGCGAUUCAUCGUACAAGAGUCCAUCCGAACUGCAGGAGCAUAUGAAUCGUCAUACCGGUACAAGGGCAUUUUGCUGCUUUUUGUGUGGAAAUGGAUUUCACAACAAAAAGAAUCUUAACAAACACUUACGCAUGGUCCAUUCUCAUUACGAAAGAAUUACAAACUCAACCGCCGUGUGACCGCAUUUAAAUCAGAUUGAUCUUUGACACAUUUCAAACUCAUCUAAAUCGCCACCCAAGGAAAUCUGUCAAUCUCGAUGUAAACAAACAAAUCCUUGUGAACGCGAGUCUCUGCAUUUGUCCGGAACUCACACAAAAUAGAUCUAGUUUUAAGCAGUGUAUAAUAAUGGAUCCGACCAUAUAUCCAAUUUUCUAAUCAUAUUUCAUCCUCAUUAUACCAUCUUCACUCAAAUAUGCAUCAACAAUUUCUCUGUCGUGUUUGUGCCACUUCCGAUGCUGCGUGUGUAUUGAUGGACAUCUUUGAGAAACAUGGUGCUCAACAUAGUGUUGCCGAUAUCCUACUCGAGCUAGCGAGCGUGGUAGUGACGGUCGAUGAUGGAUUUCCCCAACAGUGCUGUAUGCAAUGCCAUGCAGAUCUCGUUCAAGCUGUAUCAGUGAGACGUAAAUGCAUUG